AUGGCCACCAUUUUCCAAGGCUUAGGAGGAGGAGCUGCUACUGCUACAGCUUUAACCAAUUCCUUUGAUUCAAAGAAAUUGCUUCUGCCUUCCUCUCGCAGAUCCCUCUCAGAGAGGAAAGCUAGCUUUUUGGUGGUGAGAUCUGAUGGCAGCGUCAAUCUGAAUCUUGGGAGUUCUAAUGCUAGAGCUCGCAGGGUUAAUCAAUUGAUUACAAAUGCAGUUGCUACAAAAGCUGAUAGUUCUGCUGCUUCCGCUGCAUCGAAACCCGGGCAUGAACUACUACUUUAUGAGGCCCUCCGAGAAGGUAUUGAAGAGGAAAUGGACAGAGAUCCACAUGUCUGUGUGAUGGGUGAAGACGUGGGUCAUUAUGGAGGUUCUUACAAGGUGACCAGGGGCCUGGCUGAUAAGUAUGGGGAUCUCAGAGUUCUUGACACCCCUAUUGCUGAGAACUCCUUCACUGGUAUGGGCAUCGGAGCUGCCAUGACUGGCUUGAGGCCAAUUGUUGAGGGUAUGAACAUGGGAUUUCUUCUUCUAGCCUUCAACCAGAUCUCAAACAAUUGUGGCAUGCUCCACUAUACAUCCGGUGGCCAGUUUACCAUACCAAUUGUCAUUCGUGGGCCUGGGGGAGUUGGCCGACAACUUGGAGCUGAGCAUUCACAACGCCUCGAGUCAUAUUUUCAAUCAAUCCCUGGAAUCCAAAUGGUUGCAUGUUCAACCCCAUACAAUGCCAAGGGCUUGAUGAAAGCUGCAAUCCGAAGUGAGAACCCUGUCAUACUUUUUGAGCAUGUCUUGCUUUACAACCUCAAGGAGAGAAUCCCAGAUGAAGAAUACAUUUGCAAUCUCGAGGAAGCUGAGAUGGUUAGGCCUGGGGAGCAUGUCACUAUCUUAACCUACUCCCGGAUGAGAUAUCACGUGAUGCAGGCUGCCAAAACUUUAGUGAACAAGGGAUAUGAUCCCGAAGUAAUUGAUAUCAGAUCAUUGAAACCGUUUGAUCUUCACACAAUUGGAAAUUCUGUGAAGAAGACACAUCGUGUUUUGAUUGUGGAGGAGUGCAUGAGAACUGGUGGUAUUGGUGCUAGCUUGACUGCUGCUAUCACUGAAAAUUUCCAUGACUAUUUGGAUGCUCCAAUUGUGUGCUUGUCUUCACAAGAUGUGCCGACCCCUUAUGCUGGGACAUUGGAGGAAUGGACAGUGGUUCAACCUGCCCAGAUUGUGACAGCAGUUGAGCAUUUGUGCCAGUAG